CAGCCUUUACUUUCAAUAGCGAUAUAGUUAUGCCACGCUUCUACGAAAAUACGUGAUGGGAUAUCAACUAGGAAGAUAGAAACGUUACUACACCGGAUAUGAAACUCGAUUUAAGUUAAGACGAAACAAGUUUAAGAAGUGAAAUGCUUACUGAGUAACCAAUGGGUUAGAGGGAUUUUAAAAAAUGAUGAAAUUCAUCUUAAUACUUAUAGCAAGUUUGCCUUUCUCUUCUUUAACGAGUUCAUUGGAGAAUGCUAAAGAAAAUAAUACUUCGGAGGUUUUAUUCGAAGGACUCACAUUGCAUCCUUCUAAUAGACAUUUUACUAAUUUUUCUGAAUUAUUGGAGCAGGAAUUGAAAAAUUUUAACUACCCGAGCGACUUCGAUAACUCUUAUUAUGUCGAUGUAAACCAGACAAAGAAUGAAGAUGUCUUGGGUUGCGUACAAACGAAUACAAUUUUAAAAUGUAAAAAUGUGGACAUUUUUGAAAUUGCAGAAAGAAUUCCAGCAACAAUUACCCAUUUGCAAAUAAGUAACAGUCCCGUGCAAAUAUUAAGAACUGCAAUUUUCGAAAAUUUAACGAGUCUAAUUACGUUAGAGCUUACAAAUAAUUCGAUUCAGUACGUUACUUCAAAAUUCUUCCAAGGAUUAGAACAAUUAUUGUUUCUUAAUUUUAGUACCAAUAACAUCAGAUCAUUGACGAAGAAAGCGUUUUCUGCGUGCCCAAAUCUUAGAACGAUCGAUUUAAGUGAAAAUAGAAUAAUAUCUUUGAAUUUAAUACCAGCGGCAUUCAGCAUUCUCGAAAAUCUCACCACUCUUAUCUUGUCAAAUAAUAAUAUAAGACGAAUCACGAAGACUAACUUAAUUAUAUUGAAAAAUUCACCCGUUAAACAUCUAGAUUUAUCAUACUGUGAUUUAUUAUUUAUAGAAAGAGGAAGUUUCGGAUUUCUUCAAAAUCUAGAGACGUUAAACCUUACAGGGAAUAAACUGGAUGAAGAAUCGCUCUUCAAUGCUACCAGCAACCUGACUUCAAUACGCAUUCUGGACUUGAGAUCCUUACUAGGCUUAAAAGGUUUUCCUAAACUUGCCAUAUCUGCUUUAAGAAAUACUUCUAUACAAAGUUUGGAUCUAAGUUACAAUCUAUUGCAAAUUUUGCCGAAUAAUUCUUUUACUUUUCUACCUAAUUUAACUUACUUAAGAUUAAUUAAUUGCGAAAUUAAGGAUAUAGAAAAGAGAGCCUUUGAAGGACUCGUUUCUGUUGAAAUUCUUGAUUUAUCUGCAAAUCUCUUGGAAAAGAUUCCUUCGGGAAUUUCCAUUCUGAGUAAUCUUCGAUUAUUAUAUUUAUAUAAGCAGUAUGGAAAUACAAAUUAUGGUAUUCGUUUGUACGUUGGUGAAUAUGCAUUUGCUAAUUUAUCUUUAUUAAGUGGUUUAUUAUUAACAAAUAAUAAUAUAAAAACUGUACAACGAUUUGCUUUUCAUAAUUUAGUUAAUUUACGUGUUUUAAUAAUGUCAAACUGCGAUAUUGGAAUUAUAUCCGAUCAUUCAUUCAGCACUUUGACAUCUUUAGAAACGUUAGAUCUUUCUAAUAAUAAAAUUCUUUUCUUUGGAAACAAUACGUUAAGAGGUCUACGAAAUUUAAAGGUAUUAUCUGUGAGAAAUAAUGGAUUCUUCAUUGGUUAUAGGGUGUUUCCUUUCAUCCAAACUCCUUCGCUUGAAAAACUAUUUAUUUCGGGUAACAAACUAACGAUUUUAAGACACGGAAUAUUUUCAAAUAUGCCCAAUUUGAAACUUCUUGACGUAGAAAAUAACGAAGUAACUUAUUGGAAUUAUUCGAUUUUUCAGAACACGACUUUGCCCGAUACAUUUAUCUUAAGCAAUAACGAAAUCGAUCGAAUUACUCCAAUAAUGUUUGAUGAUUUGAAGCAAAUCCGUCAUUUCGAUUUGAGCCAAAAUCCUUACGAUUGCCAUCACUGUAGCGUGCACGAAUUCAAAAUUUGGUUGAGGAAUAACGAAAAUAAAAGUUUAUCUAAACCAACAAUGUACGCCUGUUCUUCGCCUCAGGAUUUUGAUGGGCAAUCCUUAAUGAUUUUAGAAUUUGAAUACUGUUUACCCGAAAGUAUCAUCGGCAUAAUAAAUGUAGCUAUAGGAGUAUCAAUUUUAAUGAUCUUAUUAAUAAUUUUUGUUAUCGUAAUCGUUCGUUAUAAAUGGUAUUUCAGAUACAUGUGCUUUCAUUUGCAUUCCACACUCAGAAGAUAUUCGACAAGUUCUCAUGUCGAAAAUUACGAAUACGAUGCUUUCGUAUCUUAUAAUUCAGUUGAUGUAGCCUGGGUGGCCCAAAUACUCAUGCCGAAUUUAGAAAGUCACCAUUCAAAUUUUCGUCUUUGCAUACACGAUCGGGAUUUCGAAGUAGGAAAACUAAUCACUGAGAAUAUUUUAGAUUCCAUCGAUAAAAGUCGAAAAGUGUUACUCAUUUUAACGGAUUCGUUCGUCAAAAGUCAGUGGUGUAUGUACGAAUUGCACGUUGCUCAACAUCAAUUAUUUCAUUACUCUCGGGAUGCUUUGGUCUUCGUUCAAGUUGGACCUAUUGAUAGAAAUUACAUGAGUAAAAAUUUAAAAUAUUUACUAAAAACGAGAACAUACUUGAUUUGGCCCGAAGAUCCCGAUAAAAGAUCUGAAUUUUGGAGUCGUUUGCAUAGAAUAUUAACGACAUGACUGUAAAUUAAAAUGAAAUGUUUAACUGUACUAUAGUAAUCCUUUCUUAUGUAAAGAUGUAGUCUAUAUUAAUAAAAACAGAAAUGUGUUGCGAAAAAA